AUGAAUUUGCAGCUGGUUUUCUGGAUUGGACUGCUCGGUGCAGUUUGCUGUGUGUUUGGCCAAACAGAUAAAAACAGGUGUCUGAAAGCCAAUGCCAAAUCAUGCGGAGAAUGUAUCCAGGCAGGGCCCAACUGCGGGUGGUGCACCAAUUUGACAUUUUUACAAGAAGGGAUGCCUACUUCCGCACGAUGUGACGAUUUGGAAGCCUUAAAGAAGAAGGGCUGCCAUCCAGACGACAUAGAAAAUCCCAGAGGCUCCAAAAGCAUAAAGAAAAAUAAAAAUGUGACCGACAGGAUCAAAGGAACACCGGGGAAGCUGAACCCGGAAGACAUCACCCAGGUGCAGCCGCAGCAGCUGGUCCUGCAGCUGCGGUCAGGAGAGCCACAGACGUUUACAUUAAAAUUCAAGAGGGCUGAAGACUACCCCAUCGAUCUCUACUACCUUAUGGACCUCUCCUACUCCAUGAAAGAUGAUUUGGAGAAUGUGAAGAGUCUUGGGACAGAGCUGAUGUAUGAGAUGAAGAGGAUCACUUCGGACUUCCGCAUUGGCUUUGGCUCGUUCGUGGAGAAAACGGUGAUGCCUUACAUUAGCACAACACCAGCAAAGCUCAGGAACCCUUGCACCAGCGAGCAGAACUGCACCAGUCCGUUCAGCUAUAAAAACGUGCUCAGUCUUACCGACAAAGGAGAAGUGUUUAACGAGCUUGUUGGUAAACAGCGCAUAUCUGGGAACUUGGACUCCCCUGAAGGGGGUUUUGAUGCGAUCAUGCAGGUGGCGGUUUGUGGAUCACUGAUUGGCUGGAGGAAUGUCACGCGGCUGCUGGUGUUUUCUACCGACGCCGGGUUCCACUUCGCCGGAGACGGGAAACUCGGCGGCAUUGUUUUGCCCAAUGAUGGCCAGUGUCACCUGGAGAACAACGUGUACACAAUGAGCCAUUAUUACGAUUAUCCCUCUAUUGCCCAUCUUGUCCAGAAACUCAGUGAAAAUAACAUUCAGACGAUUUUUGCCGUUACUGAAGAGUUUCAGCCUGUUUAUAAGGAACUGAAAAAUUUGAUCCCUAAGUCAGCAGUAGGAACGUUAUCUGCCAAUUCAAGCAAUGUAAUUCAUCUGAUCAUUGACGCGUACAAUUCCCUUUCUUCAGAGGUAAUUUUGGAAAAUACCAAAUUGCCAGAAGGAGUAACCAUAAAUUACAAGUCCUACUGCAAGAAUGGGGUAAACGGAACAGGGGAAAAUGGAAGGAAAUGUUCCAAUAUUUCCAUUGGUGAUGAGGUUCAAUUUGAAAUUAGCAUAACUACAAAUAAAUGUCCGAAUAAGAACUCAGAAACCAUUAAAAUCAAGCCUCAGAGCUUCUCCGAGGAGGUGGAGGUCAUUCUUCAGUUCAUCUGCGAGUGUGAGUGCCAGAGCGAGGGCAUCGCCGAGAGCCCCGAGUGCCACGGCGGCAACGGGACGUUCGAGUGCGGCGCGUGCAGGUGCAACGAAGGCCGUGUUGGCCGGCACUGCGAGUGCAGCACGGAUGAGGUGAACAGCGAGGACAUGGACGCCUACUGCAGGAAGGAGAACAGCUCCGAGAUCUGCAGCAACAACGGCGAGUGUGUCUGCGGCCAGUGCGUCUGUAGGAAGAGGGACAACGCCAACGAGAUCUACUCCGGCAAAUUCUGCGAGUGCGACAACUUCAACUGCGAUCGGUCCAAUGGCUUAAUUUGUGGAGGCAAUGGCGUGUGCAGGUGUCGCGUGUGUGAGUGCUACCCCAACUACACCGGCAGCGCGUGCGACUGUUCUCUGGACACCGCGCCCUGUGUGGCCUCAAAUGGGCAGAUCUGCAACGGCCGGGGCGUGUGCGAGUGCGGCGUGUGCAAGUGCACGGACCCCAAGUUCCAAGGGCAGACCUGCGAGACGUGCCAGACCUGCCUCGGCGUCUGCGCCGAGCACAAAGAAUGUGUUCAGUGCAGAGCCUUCAAUAAAGGAGAGAAGAAAGAUAGGUGUGCACAGGAGUGUUCCCAUUUCAACCUCACCAAGGUGGAAAGUCGGGACAAGCUGCCGCAGCCGGUGCAGGUGGACCCGCUGUCGCACUGUAAGGAGAAGGACGUGGACGACUGCUGGUUCUACUUCACCUACUCGGUGAACGGGAACAACGAGGCCAUUGUUCAUGUCGUGGAGACUCCAGACUGCCCCACUGGCCCUGACAUCAUUCCGAUAGUUGCUGGUGUGGUUGCUGGAAUUGUUCUUAUUGGCCUUGCGUUACUGCUGAUUUGGAAGCUUCUAAUGAUAAUUCACGACAGAAGAGAAUUUGCUAAAUUUGAAAAGGAGAAAAUGAAUGCCAAAUGGGACACGCAAGAAAAUCCGAUUUACAAGAGUCCUAUUAAUAAUUUCAAGAAUCCAAACUAUGGACGUAAAGCUGGUCUCUAAGUUGCCGGUGAAAAUCCUAUUUAUAAGAGUGCCGUGACAACUGUAGUGAAUCCAAAGUAUGAGGGAAAAUGAGUCCUACCUGUGCAGAUCUCACAACACUGAAUGCAAAGUAGCAAUGUUCAUAGCCACAGCACGGUAGCUUUAGGGCACUAUUGCCAUGGUUUUAUUCAUGUGCAAGUUUUGAAAAUGUAUAAUAUGUAUAAUUUUAAAAAUUUUUUUAUUAUUUUGAAAAUAAUGUUAUAAUCCAUGCCAGGGACUGACAAAAGACUUGAGACAGGAUCAUUAUCCUUAUCAGCUAAGGUCACAUUGUGCCUUUUUUGACCUUUUCUGCCUGGACUUUUGAAAUCAAGCUCUUUCUGAAUUCAGUGAUACUUCGAGGGUGAUUGGCAGGUCAGUAGUUAAGGCGCAUGAUGAGAGUUUCUGUUAAUCAUGUAUUGAAACUGAUUUUUAGCUUUACAGAUCUGUCAGUUCAGUUACACAGAAUCCCAAAGCAGAGGUCUGACCGGCUAGUGUCGGAUUGUUUUCAGUCUAUUAUUUUGCUGUUCGACUAUUAGACACGAUGCAUGACAUAUCCGAAAGAUGUGCUGAGAAUUACUGGUGUAAAGCCAUGGGGGAAUAGUGGAUCUACAGAGGCCAUGGGAAAAAUUCACAGGCUUAGAGAGAAAAACAAAUAGCUUUAAAACCUGUGUGCCAUUUUAAGAGUUACUCCAUCUCGGUAACUUUUAUGCUUUUUCUUUAUAAAUUCAAGCCUUGGAUAAAGUACUGGGAAAUUUUCUGCUAAAGAGUCCUUGAUUUAGCACUAUUUACCUAAAGGCCGUAAUUCACGUAGUGUUUGCUGAUCGGGGACCUUUUGAGUUGGAUUUAUUUUAUUUUAUUGUUAUUUUUUAAUACCUGGUGCUUUUCAUCACCUCCUCUAACCCCUUAAUGUAGUCGCGGUUUGGGGGAGGCUUUUGUUAUCAGUGCUUUCUCUUGGAAGUUGCAGCUGUACAUUUGCCUUUUCCGUGACCGUGUAAAGCUUGCCGUGCAGCGGCAGUCACUUAGGCACCUCGCGCGUCCCGUCGGAUCGAGCGCACCCCGCGUAGUCACGUCUCACUGUGGAGCUGCUCGUCUUGUUCCCUACUAGUCACAUUCUUGUUUUAAGUGCCUUUUCAUUUUAACAGCUCACUUUUUACAACGCUGUUUACCGAAGUUAUUUAUUAAAUAAAAAUGCCUAAAAUACUUAAAUUGAA